AUGCACAAGGUGUCUUGUCUUUAAAGAAACCUGAGCCCUAGGGAGGCGGCGCGGAGCAACCCCGCAGGGCUGGCGCGAAUCGGGAGGGAGAGCACUGGGCAGCGCUGGAGCAGCAACGGGAGCUCUGCCACAGAGGACCCUCGAGACCUGCUCCUGAGAUCCCGGCUCCACGCUCUCCUCGCAUUUUACGGAUUCCGCCCCCCCAACCCCCGAGACAUAUCUCCCAAAACGGAGCUUUUAUAUCCAGAAAAGGUGCCGGUGCUGGGGCAACCAGGACUUUCCCGGGCACCCAAGAUGCGUUCCAUUAGGAAGAGGUGGACGAUCUGCACAAUAAGUCUGCUCCUGAUCUUUUAUAAGACAAAAGAAAUAGCAAGAACUGAGGAGCACCAGGAGACGCAACUCAUUGGAGAUGGUGAACUGUGUUUGAGUCGAUCACUUGUCAAUAGUUCUGAUAAAAUCAUUCGAAAGGCUGGCUCUUCAAUCUUCCAGCACUCUGUAGAAGGUUGGAAAAUCAAUUCCUCUUUGGUCCUGGAGAUAAGGAAGAACAUUCUUCGUUUCCUAGAUGCAGAACGAGAUGUCUCAGUGGUCAAGAGCAGUUUUAAGCCUGGUGAUGUCAUACACUAUGUGCUUGACAGGCGCCGGACACUGAAUAUUUCUCAGGAUCUCCAUAGCCUCCUACCUGAAGUUUCACCAAUGAAAAAUCGUAGAUUUAAGACCUGUGCAGUUGUUGGAAAUUCUGGCAUCCUGCUAGAUAGUGAAUGUGGAAAGGAGAUUGACAGUCACAAUUUCGUAAUAAGGUGUAACCUUGCUCCUGUGGUAGAGUUUGCUGCUGACGUGGGGACAAAAUCAGACUUUAUUACCAUGAACCCAUCAGUUGUACAAAGAGCAUUUGGAGGCUUUCGGAAUGAGAGUGACAGAGAAAGAUUUGUGCAUAGACUUUCCAUGCUGAAUGACAGUGUCCUUUGGAUCCCUGCUUUCAUGGUCAAAGGAGGAGAGAAGCACGUGGAGUGGGUUAACGCAUUAAUCCUUAAGAAUAAACUGAAAGUGCGAACUGCCUAUCCAUCACUGAGACUUAUUCAUGCAGUCAGAGGUUACUGGCUGACAAACAAAGUUCCCAUCAAAAGACCCAGCACAGGUCUCCUCAUGUAUACACUUGCCACAAGAUUCUGUGAUGAAAUUCACCUGUAUGGAUUCUGGCCAUUCCCUAAGGAUUUGAAUGGAAAAGCCGUCAAAUAUCAUUACUAUGAUGACUUAAAAUAUAGGUACUUUUCUAAUGCAAGUCCUCACAGAAUGCCAUUAGAAUUUAAAACGUUAAAUGUGCUGCAUAACAGAGGCGCUCUGAAACUGACAACAGGAAAGUGUGUUAAGCAAUAAAGCACAUUUGAAAACAGACAAACAAACUGAAUAUGCACUUCUUUUCUGAAGAUGCUUCCUAAGAUUUGAAAAUAGGAUCCAAAACAAGACUGGGUUUCAGCAUCCGCCAAUUACCUAAAAGGUGAUAAAGGACAUCCGUGAGAAAUCCACUACCAGCUGAUGAAAUACCUGCAAAGUGCUCUGAAAAUUAAACAUUUUGACUUCAAGGGUCCUAGUAAGUGCCACUUCCACUAAGAACACAGUUUGAAUGUAUAAUUAGUAGUGUUUACAAGAUCCAACAAUGCACUCGUCAUUAGUUAAAGAAGCAAAUAUGUUCAUCGUUGUUGGGCUGCCACUGCAACAACAAGCACAUGAGAAGAGGAACCCAGGAAUACAACUGCACCCAUGGGGAAAUUAACCAUCCUUGUCAGCAGAUACGAAGAUGGAAACGAUUUGAGCAGUGAAACUCAUAAGAUUAAACAACUCAAGUAAAUGCCUUCAGUCAGGACUCUGAGUCUGAUCAUGAAUUUUAUGUUUCUGUUUCUGUUUUUGUUUGUCCUCUGCAAUCUUUUGGUUUGGGAAUUGGGGUGCUUAGAAAUCCUAAGACACAUGUGAAUCAGACAAAUGAUCUUCAAGUAAUCAUUUUUAAAGUUCUUAUAUUUUUAAAGAGCAAUCACCCCAAUGACUUUGUAAAAAAAAUGUAUUUUGCACAACUCUAAACCUCCAGAUUUUUUUUCCAGUGGUGUAGAAGGUACCAGCUAAACUGUACUACUCAGUAAUCUUGAGCCAUUCUAAAGGAAAGAUGUCCUGUGUCAUCUGAGAUGGUAAAAUUAGCCGAAAAAAUAUAUACUUUUGGUACCAAAGAUUAUACUGAUGUUUCUACACAACAAACCAUUCUCCUUUCAUGAAAAUAGUAUAUUCGUAUAUUAUACUACUAACGGAAAUGUUGUCUCUAGAUAUUUUAAAUUUUCCAAACUCAAACUUUAUUGUUAUUUGAAGGAAGACUUUCAUGGCUUUUACAUUUCUUAAUAAUUUUGUGGAAGCAUUUUACCCUUUAGAAUAAGUGUUUGACUGGUAGGGCAGAGAUAUGACUUCCAAUUCUUUGAUAUUCCCCCUUAUUAUUCAAAUGAAAAGACUGACGUGUUCUUCAUGUCAUCAGUAAAUUUUCUUAGUGCAGAAAUACGAUGACUAAUAGAGUGUUGUUUCCAUGACAGAGAUGAUUCACUUUAAGAGGUUUAACAGUGAAACUGUCAGUAUUUUGCACUUUGAAUGGAUUAAACUGACCAGUGUUUUUUCUGUGGUUAAAUUUAUUCACAGUAUUAUAUUAAUGUGUUUUCAAAGAAGCACAUGAAAUUAUUAAUAAAGUGAUUUAAAAUGUUUUAGCAUAUAUGAAUUGACCUACAGGCCAGUUUUCUGGUGACUUAUGAUAGGUAGGUCAUUGUGAUGGUAAAUUGUUUCUUUAGAAAGCAGAAGUGCUGUGCACCCACUUCUACUCUUGGCUUGAAACAAUUUAGAUGACUUCUUAUUUCUUAGGCAAGGCAAUCUGAGUAAAGAAAAAUAGCAUGGAGAAUAUAUAUAUAUAUAUACAUAUAUAUAUAUGUAUAUAUAUGUAUAUGCAAAAGGGUUUCAUUGUAGUACAGUUCUCAAUUAAUGAUAUGUAUAUUAUUUUUAAAAUAUGGUAAAUCAUGGGGUAGAGAAGACUAUUUUUUGAGAAUUCAUGUGUCUAAGAAACAAAAUACGAUGCAUAAAGGAGAGAUAUAGCUAAAAAAUGGAGAAAACAAGAUGUACUUUAAUCGUUAAUCUCUUAUUUACUGGAAAUUUUAAAAGAAUUGGGCAUAUGUCUUGAACGUAAAGUUGAAAAGCCUGAAUUACUUAACAAGUCAAAUGGGUAAUUUGUAGACCCUUAAUUUCAAUUAGUUGGGGAUACAUUUUUUGAGGAGCCUUUAAUUUGAAUUCAAUAGAUGUUUGAAUCACAAGUAAAUUCUUAUAGGCAAAUCCAUCUGAGAACUCAUUCAAAGUACGUCUUAAAAAGCAGCAGCCACGUACCUUGCCAUUUUUACUGCAUUUUCAACAAACGUCUAAACAAUUUUAAGUCCACAGCAAAGGCAUCCCGGCCACUCACUGUUCUGUGCGUUGAAGUUUAUCUCAUAGACACAUUGAGUAGUGCCUUGCUAGCUUCACAUUGCUUUGUUACCCUGUGCUUUGUGUUCUCUAAAUACGUUGCCCAGUUCUGAAAAUGUUUGGCAUCUAAAAAGGGCUUCAGUAUCGACUGAGACUACUUUUGUUCAUCUCAGGGAACUUUCAAUACUCAAGGGUGAAUUCAAUGAAAGGCAUUUAGUGUUCAAAGAACGCAAACUGUCCAAGAUCAUUUCAUUCCUUAUUGAAUACCUUCCCACCUAUCCCCCUCCACAGUCGGCGGUGGCCUUCCCACAGGGAUGGGGCAGGGAGCACGCUGAAGGCUAACUAACAGCAAGAAUAAGGAAAAGCAUCGAGGUUUAACCAAGAAGGGGGCAAAAGGGAUCAUGAUGAAAUCAAAUUAUAAAUACAUACUUGAACUAUCUGGGUUUUUUUUUUUUUCUUUUGAAACUAUCAUAUGUCCACAACUUUAAUUUUUUAUUUCUUCUUCACGAUUUAACCGGGUACCUGGCAACCGGGUUUAGGCAGCUGAUUGUGAAGUAUUCCUGUCCUUCAGAGAACGUGAUUGUUACUGUGCUGUUGACAUGAAUAGGCCAUGGAAACAUUUUCAUCAUCAUUACCCAGCCUGUCCUAUACUUAAUAUUAAGUUGCUGGAAUUGAAAAAAAAAAAAUCAAGUAUCAGAUUUUUCUGGGCAAAUCUAAUGAUUCAGCCCACAGGACUGAUUAAAUUACCGUGGAAGUUUUUCUAUCUGAAAGAAGGUGCUGGGCAUUUAAAUGUCUUUAUGUAGUCUAUAUCAUAUAAAAUGUAGAUCAAUCGCUAAUGGGAAUUUCUGCAUACAUGCUUACAAAAGCAAUUUAUUUAAAUAAUGCUAUGUUUGCAUUGGUGGUAUAGAAGUGAGCAUAGCUGCCUUCUAAAUAAUGCUAUGGGUAGUGUACAUACCAACUAGUUAUUAAGCGACUACACAGGAAAAAGGUGAACAAAAUAAUUUAUUUCUAAUUGAGCCAGUUAGUCCUAAUGCAUACAAUGUGGUAUUUGGUUCAUAAAAGAGUUGUUUUCACGUGGUUAUUGGGAGUAGCUAUAAUUGUGGAAGGGGUGUAGGAAGAGUUAAAUAGAGUUAGUUGUUACCUCUACAAGUUUGAAAGUUUCCCCACAGACAUUAUCAAUAUACUAUUGUUUUAAAAAUUGAGUGAGAGAGGGUUAUUGUUCACAUUUAAUGAAAGAAAGUCCAAAUAAAGCCCACCUAGAAAUAAUUUUAUUAUAUAUGUGCUAUAGGUAUAUCUAUAUAGUACAAAUAGACAUGUGUGAUGCAUAUAUACAAUGUUAUAUAUGUGUGUUUGUGUGUAUACACACUGGGUCUGUAAUAUGCACACAUUAGAUUUGUGUUAUGCUAACAUCUUCCGGGGCUGCACUGUGAAGCACUCUGGAGAUAAGACCACUUUAGAGUAAAGAAGUUCUUUUGAGACUUCAGUUACUAACGUGCUUUAAGAGGAAUCUACUUUGAAAGUGAAUUCCACAUUUUUCAUACCUAAAGUUACAAUAAGGGUCCAGUCUGACCAAAUCUUUAAAAAAAACACAAAAAAACAAAGAAAGAAAGAAAGAAA